AUGCCUUCUGUUCCUUCCCCCGCCAAAGCUCUCGUCACGGGCGCCAACGGCUAUCUCGGCGCUUGGCUGGUACGCACGCUCAUUGAGCACGGGUACUACGUGCGCGGAACGGUGCGCACGCUGGCGAAGGGCGAAACGAUACGGGAAGGGCUUGGCGACUUGAGGGAGAAGUUUGAAUAUGUCAUUGUGGAGGAUGUUCUCAAGGAAGGCGCGUUCGACGAUGCUGUGCGGGGAAUGGACCUCGUCAUGCAUACGCUUUCGCCUCUCUUUCUCAGCAACAAACCAGACGACAUCAUCCCACCCGCCGUCGCCGGUACUCUGAACCUACUGCAAUCAGCUCAAAAGCAUCGCGAUACCGUACGGCGCGUUGUGAUCACCGGUUCGAUCUGCACAAUCCUGGCCUGGCCCACCGACGAACCAAGAGUCUACGAUGAGACGUUGGUAAACGAGACGUCGAUACAAGCCAUCGAGGAAGGUUCAGUGGAUCCUGUGACGAUAUACUCCGCUGCCAAGACUCAAGCCGAGAAACGAGCGUGGGUCUUUAUGCGACAGCAAGACGUCACGGAGUUUGAUCUCGUCUACCUGCAUGGGUCCUACUUUUUCGGCCCGUACUCGCAUCCUCUUUCCUCGACGGCCGACUUUGGCGAAUCCAUCCGCUCUUUGCACUCAAUCGUGACGCAGGGGCGCUUGAUCAACGGACUCUUGAAGACCGGAACAGGCUGGAUCGACGUUCGAGAUAUCGCACUGGCCCACGUUCUCGCGGGUCAGAAGGACGAGGCUGGCGGUCAACGCAUCAUCAUCUCCGCAGGUGAUUGUGUCGUAGGAGAUCUCAAUCGAGUGGCGCAUGCCAUGGACUCGUCGCUGGCAGAGUCGACAGAAGACGUGUUGUUGGAGAACCGCUAUAUGUUCGACACGAGCAAGAUGCGGCGGGUGCUGGGGCUGAAACCGAGGUCAUUGAAGGAAACUAUACGUGAUACGCUCGGCUUCUUCAAGACCGUCCCGGGGAGUUCUGUAGCAAGUUAG